UAGCGGGAUGAAGCAGAAGCCGGCGAGGGGCGGGCCCAAGGGCGGGCCGCCGCCCCACGGCACGGUGCUCACCCUGGCCGAGGAGAUGAAGCCCCUGCUGCUGGUCAUGCGUCUCAUCAACAUCAUGCCCCUGCACUUCACCGCGGACGGCGGCGCGUACUUCUCGUGGCGCUCCAGCAUGAUGCUGCUGUCCGCGGCGGGCUGGGCUUUGGCGUUCGUGGACGUGGUGUACGAGACGGUGUUCCGGAUAGACGUCUUCGUGUCCAGCCUCAGCCACUUCAGCGAGGCCGUGUUUAACAUGUUCUUCUUCCUGCUGCUGCACCACCACUACUUCACGCCCGUGCUGCACUGGCCCGCCGCACCGCGCUUCGCGGACUACCUGUCCGACUGGGCCCACUUCCAGGCUCGCUUCCUGGCGGAGACGGGGCGGCCGCUCCGCCUGGCGGUGCGCUCCCUGGCCACGCACAAGGCCUCGGCCUGCCUGGGUGUGCCGUGCGUGCUGGCCGUGCCGCUCAGCCUGGGCAUCCCGACCAGCAACUGGCACAACGUCCCCCUGGGGUUGCUGGCCGCCGCUUUCCACGCGUCCGUGCCUGCCUUCUGGGACGUCCUGGGCACGGCGGCCGUCAACGCCUCGGACCAGCUCACGGCCUGCUUCAAGGAGGUGGGUGGGGAGGCGGCCCCUCAUCUUGGUGGUGCCCAAGGCCCUCUGCAAGGCCCUUUGUCGCAGGAGGUGGCAGUCAGUGGCGGCGAGCCCCCGGCGGCCCGCGUGCGCGCGUACCGCGAGCUGUGGCUGGAGCUGCGGCGGCUGGCGGAGGACGCGCCCGCGGCCUGGGGCAUCUGCACGCUGCACUACAUGCUGUGCUGCAUCUCCGCGGUGUUGCUGAACGGCUUCGGGUUGCUGGCCGCGGCCACGAAUGGUGGCGAGGCCGAUAUGUUCCUGACCUGCGCCAUGUUCCUCAUCAUGGUGGACUCGCUGUGGCACACCGCCGUGGUGUGCGCGUCCGGGCAGCAGAUGGCGGCCGCCGUGGACUCGGGCACCAGGGACGUGCUGCUCAAGAUGCGCAUGUCCACCUCGACCACGGCCACGCUGCUGCUGCAGAGGGAGGUCAUAUCGUUCCUGAACGUCAUGAAGAAGCCCCUGACCAUCUCCCUCUACGGCUUCAUCGCGCUCAAGCUCACCCUCGUCGUCACCAUCGUGGAGACCUUGGCCACGUACCUCUGCGUGCUGCUGCAGUUCACCAUCAACUUCCAGAGGCCCUCGCGAGGGUCUGCUCUCGAGGCCGCGCUGCCGCCGGAUUAAAUGUCCCACUAAAAUGUUUAAAACAAAGGAGCUCACUGGCCGACAUUAAUUUCUGCUGUACCUGUGUGAUCGUGUGUGCUUAAAGCUAGCUGGCAUCUUGAUGUCUCUUGUAUAUUUCUAUGCUAAGGUAAAGGUAUCAUCUGCCAAAAACACGAAAACAUUAACGAAAACAAAGGGGAUGCACACUUCCCGUAAGUUCACACGGACGCCAAGUCGCCGCGGCCCAUUCCGGCCAGCAAGGAUGGGUUUUGUUUUCGAGACAUCCCGACCGAAACGACGCAUUUCCAUCCCAGCGACACUGUCGCGGUCUGUCCGGGCACAGGCAAGGGUUAUUCCGCUGUUUGGCCGUCUUCCCGGGCAGUGCCGGCAUUGCCGGGGGAAUGCGUGUCCGGCGUAAUGGCGGGCCGAGGGGCCCCCGUCCCAAUCAGUAAUACACGGCCAUCUGCAGGUCAGCCGCCUUCGUUUUUUCUCGUCACAAUGCGACUGGAACUGUA